AUGUCAUCACCAACGGGCGCGCAGUCCCACAGCGCAAAGCGCAAGUAUGAAGCAGACGCAGCAGAAUCGCCGACGUCGACCGCAUUCAAGCUGGCCUCGGCUACCGAGAUUCACCUUCCCAACGACCCAAUGCGCCGUGCGAGCAUCAUCAAUCUCGCCACUGCCGCCGCCGCCGCCGUGCUGCAGAGCCAGGCUGGACAACGCCGCAUGUCGGCGCACCCAGAGCAAGAGCAAAAGCGUCAGCGCGUCGAACAGCUCGGCAUGCUCAUCGAGCAAGCACGCAAAGCCAGCGUCACCAGCAUGAGCCAUGACAUGUCGCGUCACAUCGAGACUGCAUCCCAGAACGUAGCCAUCGCUACCGUCUUGGCCAACCACCUCGGCCUCACACCACAGUCGUCCGCUCCUUCCAGUCCGGCUCCCUCUGCAGGGCCAUCCGCCCCUUCGUCGCCCACCAAGCCGCUCGCAACAUUGGCGGUGCCUCCGACACCCAGCACACCCAAAAGCCCGCUCUCAGCUGCCCCUUUCACGGCCGCUCACGUCUCGGAAGAACAAGCGAAUGCGCAAGAUGUUGUAGCCUCAUCAGCAACCGUAGGUCUCAGGGCGGAAGAGAUCCCACCAAUAAUAGCAGCGCCGCCGUCGCCAGCGCGCACUCCUUCCAUCACUCUCAACAACAGCACCGAGUCGAUAGAUUCAGGUGUGCCGAGCGAUGUGCAUGUCGUCGAACCUCCGCUGGAUUCUUCCUCCGCAAGCACGACGGAGACGAUCCUCGAUCAAGCCAAAGAAGCAGCUCUCGACUACAGCCGCUUCUACCGCUUCGAGAAGGAAUGGGCACAAAAGGCACUCGAGCUCGAACGUCGUCGAAGCUCGGUGCGCAUCGACCCUCUCUUCAACCCUAACCCCAGUCUGAGCCCGCUGCCAGUAGAGUCGAAGGGUCCGCUUCAUUCAGCGCCGGAGUCGCGCGCCAUGUCUAGAGGUAACUCUCCCUUUGGCGAAGCAGCCUCCGCUCCCGCAUCCAGGACCUCGAACAGUGUACCUAAUGCAACCUUCCCGAUGCCACAUCGGCCCACCUCGAGCAGCCUCGCCAAUGUCCUUUCCAACUUUGCAGAGCUGAUCGAGCAUCGUCAACGCUCGUGCUCGUCGCUGGAAGCGCUCGCAAAGCAGGCCAAGGAACUGCCUAUCAAGCGUUUCAGUCAACCCAACCCGCAGUUCCGCACCACCUUUGGCGAUUUUUCCUGGGCCAAGCCGUCUCGCAGCGCCACUGACCCAGCAUCUUCCACCACAACACCAUCCCGUUUCGCACCGCCCUCGCAGACACGCGCCAUCAGCGAAGGAGACGACGACUCGGACGCAUCUUCGGAUAUGGACCGAGCUCAAGCGUCGCGAUCCUCCCGUCUGCAGGUCAAGUCGUCGGCUGACACCAAAAUCAAAGACGAGACGGCGGAUUCAGACGGCGAUGCUCCCGCGACACCAAGGUCCUCCAUGAGCAUCGCCAGCAUGCUCUGA